AUGCCAGAUUUCGAUAUCAAAACAGCCACGGCGCUGGUGCACCCCUAUGACGGUGCCGCCGCUGGGCUGGAGUCAUUCAUCGACUCAGCAAACUUGUUGAAUGAGAUAGUAUCGACAGCUCACAAAGAGAUUGCCGGAAAAUUUUUGAGAACCAGACUUAUUGGUAAAGCUAGGUUGGGUUUACCCGACUCGGCUAAAUCUAUCGAAACAAUAGUAGCAAAUGUCAAAGAACGUUGUCAGGAUAGAAUUACUCCCGACAGCAUUUUGUCAAAAAUGAAAAACGUACGUCAAAAUCAGUCACCACAAACACUGUGCGACGAAGUGGAAGGUUUAACUGCACAACUAAAAGCAGUUUAUCUGGGAAGCAAAAUACCUGACGAUGUUGCGUCGACAAUGGCAAAUAAAGCUGGCGUCGAUGCUUUGAUAAACGUUGUAACAAACAACGACACCAAACUCAUCUUGAAGGCUGGGACUUUUAACAACGUCAAAGAGGCUGUUGUUAAAGUGCUCGAAAAUUCGACACCCGGCACUUCAACCAACCAGGUACUAUCUUACUCUAGUAGAGGCAGAUACAAAUCAAACAGAGGUAAUAGAGAUAGCCAAAGAUUUAACAAUCGAUAUCAUGGUAAUAAUGGUCGACAAUACAACAAUCAACGAAAUUACGCCAGUAAUCGCUACAACAAUAACCGUCGCGAUCACAGAAAUUACGGCGACAAUCAUAACAAUAACCAAAGAUACUACAACGAGAUCCGAAAUAAUAACAACUAUAGAAAUCGUAACGGUUCAAAUGAUCGAAAUAGAAGGCGUAAUGUAUAUUACGUGGAAAACGAUCAGCCGUCGACGGUUCGACCCCAACCAGAGACGGACAGGCAUCAGCCUCAAGGGGUUAUACUAGCCAGAACGUAA